AUGGAAUGGGGAGAUGAUAUUAGAACAGUUUCAGAAGAUGAAGCUUUGAUGCUGGUGAAUCAUCAAGCAACCGGAGAUAUUUGCACCCUAAUGAUGUGCCUUCAAGACAAAGGCACGGUUGUUCGUCGGAUGAUGUGGCUGAUGGAUCAUAUAUUUAAAUACACAAAUUUUGGAAUUGUAUCUCUGAUUCAUGGAGACUUCUUUAUAAGACAGGGAAAAGCUUAUCGUGACCAGCAGCUUGUACUCCUCCAUGAACAUCUAGAAAAAUAUUACAGGAGCCGUAGUCGCAAGUGGAUUGUAUUGUUUCCAGAAGAUAUCAGAAGAUUGGAAUAUUUCCACUUAGGCCACUGUAAGAAUAAUCUUCCAUUUAAAUCAAAUUUAGUCAGUUUAGGAGCUCAUAUUCAUCUAGAAAAUUAUGGUAUAUGUGAUUUAAAGUGUUGUUUUCCUGGUUUUCUUUCCUCUAUAUUUUUUUUUUUAGAAAGUAAAUCAAAAGGUCUUCAGUGGGUGAUAGAUACAACUAUUGCAUAUCCCAAAGCUGAGCCCAUAGACAUUCAGACAUGGAUUCUUGGCUACAGGCGGCCAACAAUUACUCAUGUACAUUACAGGUAUGAAAUGCACUUUCUGUCUUUAAUUCAUUUUAAGAGACCUGGAUUUGAAAUUUUCCUAGUGGAACAUCUCAGAGCAUACACUUGUAUAGAAAUAUAAGCAGCUUUACACUGCGUGUUUUAAUUUUGGGGCAUGCAGUUUUGCAUUUGGAAAUGCUGGAAGGUAUACUUUUAAUCCUGGUUGCUGUAAGUAUGCAACUAAUCAGUUACAGUCCCAAGUCCAAACUAGUAAGCUUGAGGAGAGAGCCCCUCCAUAUAUAAAUUUAUAUAUGAUUAGGCUUUAGCCUAGAAAACAUAUUUAUAACAUCUGUGAUAAGCUCAC